ACACACACAUAUAUAUAUAUAUAUCCCCGUGGCCCCGAGCUGCCCUCAAGUUGUCCUCCAGGUCCCGGCCUCCCCCUCCCCACACGCGAACCAUGUCCGGAGCACUGAAGCCGGACACCCUGCCGAAGGAUUUCGUGGUCUGGGCACAUAGCACCCUUUGCGAGUUCCUGCCCGGGGUUUUCGAUGAGGCUUCAGUCCGGGACAUCAUCUGCGAUCCGAGCUUCUCCUUCACCGACAUCCUCGGCGACUCGAGGGAAGUGCGCAGCUUCGCCUCGGAGCUGAAGCGCCGUCUUGGCGAGCUGACCGCCCCCCCACCGACUCGCCCGAAUGCUGCGUUUGUCCCUCCGGCCAUGCCCGCGGCACAGGCCGCCCCGGCCGCCCGGGCCAGGGCCCCCGCCGCUCCGCGAGCCAGCACCUCCCAGGCCUUCCCCCCUCCGUCGGCCGGCCCCGCUGUGGACCAACAGGCCUACACCCCGGUGGUUCCGCAGAUGAUUAACUCCAAGGUGUCUGUCAUCAUUCCCGCUUCGAGUCAACGCAGCCGCCGGACCAAGAAGGCCGCCGCCCAGGAGCCGGCCAGCUCGCAGCCCGCGUCCCCGGCCCUGGCUUCGGCCCCGGCCUCGGCCCCGGGCUCGUCCUCCUCGGCGGGGCUGCUGUUCCCCAUGUCCACGUCGCUGAUGCAUCCGAAGGUCGAGCAGCCGGCCCCGGCGGAGCCCGAGCAGCCGGCCACCCCCGAGCCGGCCCCUGUGCUGACCCCGGCCCAGCGCGAGGCCGCGGCCCACCUGGAGGCCCAGCAGACCAUGAAGGAGGUCCAGCGCCGGCGGGCCAACCUCCAGCGCCGUGCCCAGCGCAUUGAGCUGAUGGAUUUCCUGGCGGCCUCGGCCGAUGUCGAGACGCCGGUCGUCAAUGGCAUUUGCGGAUGCAUGGCCACCGAGCACCCGGUCCUUUGCAAUUGCCUCUCCUGCGGGCGAAUUCUUUGUGUGCGCGAGGCCCCGGCGGCUGAUGAUGCCGGCGAUGCCAAGUGUCCGGCCUGCGAGGAGCCGCUCUCGGACAACCAGUCUCUCAUCGGUCGCUUGGCCAUGCUGUCCACCCAACGGAAACUCCUGCGGAGCACCAAGGCCCCGGGCAAGGGCCGCCGCGACAAGGGCGGCAAGGCUGCCGCCGCUGCCAAUGCCGCCGCCGCCGCCACGAAGCCCUCCUCCGACUCGCAUGACGAAGUCCAGCGUGCUCUGGAGGGCGCGAUCCUGGUGCGUGAUGCGCAGGUGGAGCGCGGCAAGAAGAAUGCCAAGCGCUCGGUCAUCCGCGAUCUCGACACGGAUUACUUCGCGGCCGACAGUGCCGCCACCAUGUCCUACCUGUCGGACACACAGAAGGAGCGCCUGCGCGAAGCACAAGACCGCCUGCUGGCCGUGCUGGAAAAGAACCGGUCCUCUUUCGCGUCGUACAGCUCCGGGCACAUUGGCAAGAAUGAGGGCAAUGCCCGGACCAUGCUCCUGGACCUGGAUCUGGAGACCAUGAGUGUCAACAUCACGGAUGGCCACGAUGCGGAGGUGGAGAAGGCCAAGCAGCAAUACGAGGAGGAGUAUGCCAGCAUUCUGAUGUCCAACCGCGAGGACAUUGCCCGGCUGGAUGAGAUCGCCGCGCAGAAUCUCCAGCGUGCACGCGACGACCUCAUCAAGUCCAUGCAAAGCAAAAACAGCGCCGAGUUCCCGGACCUCAUGGAUAAACCCGCCAGGCAGAAGCCCAUCGUCGGCCGCUCCAAGCUGUCGGUCUUCCAGGAUGAUGAGGAAGACAACGCAUUGGCUCGGGCCGCCGACGCUGCCUUUGCUGAGGCCGAGGCUGACACCGGGUCAGGGCUCGACACCGAGGCCGACCCGCCAGCCGCCCUGGACUGCCGACUGCCGAAGACCUUCUCCGCGCAGGACUUCGGCAAGUGCAUUGCCUUCCCGCAGCCGUGGGCGUCGCUGAUCGCACGCGGGGUAGUCCCCUUCGCUUACAGUGACCAGCGCCCGACCUACCGUGGUCCGGUGUGGAUCGCCUCCAAUAGCAACACCGAGCCGAAGGACCGGCUGAAGGCCAUCACCACCGCCGUCAUCGACCACUAUACGGCCAACACGGAGCCCAUCGAUCGGCCCCAUCACUCGAACGACUUCAUCUUCUACACCGGCAACCACAUCUACGGGCGAGUGGAGAUCGUCGACAUCAUCACACGCGAGGAGUUCGCCGCCCGCUAUCCCCACCUGCUGGAGGUCCCGUACGCUACGCAGUCCAACAUGUCCGGGCCGUAUGUCUUCCUCUUCCGCAAUCCGGAGUCCUUGUACAAGCCGGUCCCGGUGGACCCGAGCUUCUCCAUCUGGGAUCUCCCAAUGCCGGCCAUCACCAUGCUCAAGGAGAUGAUCGAGCGCUCCAAGGUGGGCGUGUCCUUCUCGGCCAUGCUUGGCCAGUUCCAGUGAACAAGGACCUGCGUCCCCUCUCCCCGCCACACCAUAGGCGGGGGGGAGGAAAUCACCGCGCACACACACCAAUAAAUGCCCCAUAGACAAAGCCGCACGUCCGGGGCCGCCGCCA